UCUUGAGUCAGUCUCUCCUCUAAAAAGCCGUUUCCUCUGUCAGCUUCGGGCCAGUGUCUUGCGGUGCGUCCGCUGCCUCUGUGUGUGUGUAUGUUUCUCACAACUCUUCUCUCGCGUUGAACGUGCUGUUUCCAGGUGUUCCUGCCCUCUUGAGGCGUUCUACUUCUCCUUUUCCUUCCCUUUUGUCUUUACUCUCUUUCACCCAGUUCGAGGCAGAGCGCCGCCGACCUCUCCAUUCUUCAGCUCUCCCCUACCGUCCGAGACGGUUGCCUCUCUCUGCGGUGCCUGGCAUUCGGCACUCCUGCCGGCUUCCUCCUUUUCCUCCUGACGUCUAAAGAUCCCUUCAAAGCUUUUUCCGACAAGGUGGAGAGCCUCGAGUCGCCAUUUCUCUCCAUCAUCUCCCCUGUGCUUCUCUGUAGGCCUGUCGGCACCUCAAGCCCUGUGCGGCGCACUGUUAGGUCCACGCAGAGUGCUGCUCCGCAAGCAGCCUGCAUCAACUGUGGUAGACUCGCUGUUGCUUUCUUGCUUCUCCCGACUGUUUUCCUUCUGCUCGUCGACUACCCCAGCACUGGAAAGGACGAGAGCUUCCAGCGCAGGUCUUCGGUGGUGGAUGCGUUGGGCUUUUGUCCUCCACUCCUGAACGCGUUCUUCGCUGAAUCCCAUGGUUCAUCCAGUUCUGCGAGGCCAUCCUCUCUGCCUAGAGGGCCAUCGAGCCACUGGCUGCACACCUUGAGGAAACGGAUCUGCUUCUCUGUUGCUCUUAUCUGUGCACCCUUUGCGAAAAUGGUUUGAAGCACGGCAGCAGAGGAGCCAGGGAAAAGCAGUUUCUUGCCGUACCUUUUCCACUGCAUCCCUCCUGCUCUGCCUGGGAGGGAGCAAGCGACGACAGCGGAGACUGAGACAAGAAGCGAUCCGAAGCGGACUCGCCUCUCCGUCGAGUGCCGACACACAGAGAGAGAACAAACGAGGGCAGACAGAAAGUCCGCGACUCGUGAAUCGUGUAUUUCGCUUUAGAAGCGUCUCUGUAGACCUGUCUACGUCAGGUCCACGCCUCCUACCACCACCCGGUCCUCUCCCAAUCGUGUCUCUUCCGUAUCACUGAACUGUCCUCUUUUGCUUCUCCUUCGUCCUCUUUUGCUUCUCCUUCGUCCUCUUCUGCUUCUCUUUCGUCCUCUUCUGCUUCUCUUUCGUCCUCUUCUGCUUCUCCUUCGUCUUCCUGUCUUUCUUUGCUUGCUUCUCGCUGUGUCUGUCGUCGGCUGCUUCCAGUUCGUAUCUCUGUUCCUUGUUACGGCGUCGUGUGUAAAUUGGCGUCGACAAGAUGAUGGAAGAAGAGCGCGCCGUGAGGAACCUCGUUCUCUCCAUUUGCGAAUUUCGCCUGCAAGCUGCUCCGUCGCCUCGGGAAGCCGAGACAGCAGGUGGACGCGUUCCUGGGGGGAGAGUCGGCAGUCAGUUGCUGCUUGUCGGAGGUGUGGGGUCGGAGAGAGGCGCCGCGCAGCUCUUGAUGCACGGCGGCGCUGACGAGACCCAGUGCUACGACGACUUGCAUGCAGUCGAGCUAGAACGCGGCCUAUGGCGAGAACUGAGUGUUGGAGGCUUCUCCAAACCCAGUGGGGUGUACGGACACACGAUGCGAGCGUGGAAUGACCGAAUCGUGCUCUUCGGCGGUCUAGCAGCCCAAACAGCUCAAUCCCUUGCAGAAACCGAACAAACGCAGACGUUUCCUCCUCCCUCAUUCAUGGGUCCCCAGAGCGCAGAGUGGCUGCACAAUCCGCAGCCGAGCAACAGUCUAUUUAUUCUCCAGGUUGACGGUUUGUUUUGGACGCAGCCGGAAGUCGAGGGCGAGGGUCCGUCCCCUCGAGCAUUUCACGGUGCCACAAUCUGCAAGGACUUUCUUGUCGUCUUCGGAGGCGCGACAGAUGCGAGGCUCCAGGAGCCUUGCAACGAUCUUCACCUUCUCGACUUGAACCGGAAUACGUGGUACUCACCGGCCGCCUCUCUUUCUCCGCCCGCGAAGAAGAGAAGAGCUGAAGAAGGAGUUGAGCAAGACCCUCCGACAGAGCAGGAUUCACCCUCUCCAGAAGGAGACAGCACGGAUGCAGGACCCUCCAUCAAAGUCUCUGGCGUCUCGCCGUCUCCGCGCGUUGGUCACGCCAUGGUCACCGUCAAGCAAACCGAGAAAAUCCUUCUUUUCGGGGGUGCUGCUGAUGACAACAACUUGUACUGCCUAGACUUCCAGGUGUAUCGACGGCCGAAGCCAGGAGCGUCUGAAACCGUGCGUUCUCUGGCUGCAGACGGACAAGACGAGGAGAUUGUGGAGAUGUCUCUAUCUUGGUCGCGCAUUGAGACUCACCGGACAGGUCCCGUCAGUCGCGGCUUCUUCACUUUCGCUCAAGUUGGCCCUCAGCGUUUAUUUGUCUUCGGUGGCCAGCCGUUGACCGGUGCCGCUCCCGACGCCAGCAGCCCAGCGGAUUUGUACGUACUGAAUUUAAAGACCUACCAAUGGCAAAAGCCGUUGUAUGAAGGUCAGCUGGCUCUACGGGCAGAAGCGGCGGCAGUGCUCCACGACAAACUGAUUGUCUUCGGAGGGGGGCGAGUUUCCAGAGUGCAAACUCCCGAAGCUCCUUCUGAUGGCCAGAGUGAGAGUUCUCGUCAGGCGAAACCCAACGCACUAGGCGAGGCAGGAGCAGGCACCCUCGCGUCUGUGCUCGGUGUAGGCAGCUCCUGUCGCAUGAGCAAGAAAUUGUUCUUCCUCAACGUUCUGGAAAUCAAAGAAGGCUCUGCAGAUGGAGAGUUCAAGUUCAAACUCGUCACCGUUGGCGACUCCGGCGUCGGCAAGUCGUGCCUCCUCAUGCGCUUUGUGCAGGACCAGUACUCGGCCUUUCAUGUCUCGACCAUUGGCGUCGAUUUCAAGUCGGUCCUGACGAUGGUCAAGGGCAAGGUUUGCACGCUGCAGCUGUGGGAUACGGCGGGUCAAGAGCGCUUCAGUGGGGUGACGGGGAACUACUACCGCAACGCCGACUGCUUCAUUCUCGUUUUUGACAUGACGCGAAGAAGUUCGUUUCUCCACAUCGAGAACUGGAUCAAACAGAUCAAAGAACACCAUGAAUGCGGCCCGUCUACGAUGAAGCUGCUCAUUGGCAACAAAGCGGAUCUGACUGCCUCGCUGGAAGUGACUGAGCGUGAAGCACGGCAAUGUGCAGACCAAAUCGGUGCCAUUUAUGUCUCGACUUCCGCCAAGACAUCGGCAAACGUCGACGCGGCGUUUUUGGCGGCAGCUUCCAAGUUGGUGGAGAUGCGUCGCCGAGCAGUGGCGGCGGCCACUGCGAGCGGCGCUGGCUCUUCUUCAGCUUCUGAGGCUUCUGCGCCUGCUCCAGAUGCCCCGGGUAUUUCUCUCCUGUCCAGCGCUCUUUCUACUCCGCCUCGUCAACGAGGACUGUGCUCAGGAUGCGUAGGUUCGACAGGCUUCGGACCUCAAGCGCCGCAGCCGUCGAGGAUGACAGAGGGCCGAGAAGGCAGUGGCCAUGUCGCCUCAGCAGGGAGACUCUUGUCGCAGGAACUGGCUUCGUCGGUGAACAGCGUUGACAUGGCGCGGCCACAGACGUCUUCUUUCCCUGCCCCGAGCCGACCUAGUUAGGCAGAGCGCCCUGGUGCUUUGCUACAUUGAUAGAGGCGCAAGGCGACAGCAUGGAAAAGGCUACAGGCUGUUGAACAAGGUGCUACGGUCGCGCGCCUGAUUCGCAUGCGCUUUUUCUUCUCCUCGUCCGUUUGCCUUCUUCCCGGCAAACUGGUUGCGUUCCUGCUUUUCCUUUCGCGUCUGCCUGCGUCAGCGGCGUGUCUCUCCCUUUUUCCUCGUUCUUGUGUGCAGUUUCGAACUGCCUGUCUCCGUACGGGCCGCCUCGCCUUGUUGAUUCUCUGCUCUUUGUGUCAACUGUUUCAAAGGCAACCGGGAACGGCCGCCGGACAGCUCUUGCUUGCGGAUAGCGAUGGGACAGAGAGCCCGUGGCGCUGGUCCGGAAAAAAAAGGGAUUCUUCGGUGUUUUCUUCCGCGUAAACCUGGUCGUUUGUUUCUCCUACCUUCUACAAUGGUAGGGAGUUUCAGAUCGCCUGCGGCCAUCAGGUUUCCGUACGUGAGGUAAAGCCAGAGGGAACUCCGCACUCCCGUUCGGAUCCGAGACAGUGGGAGUCUUCGUCAAUUUCACCAGUUGAUUUGUUCGGUCACGUUUUCUUCUCCCGCAUGUCGCGUGGCGGCCGC